ACUGGAAGUCUGAAGAUGUUUCUACAGUUCCAGCUGGGAUGUGGAGCAGAUGUACGUAGAAGGGAAAGCAACAUGAUCGCCAGGGGCAUGAGAUUUUAGUCUUUCUUAAUGCUUUAAGUUCAUAUAAACUUAAAAAUAGAAGUUUCCUUUUUCUCAGUGGUAUCCAGACAAGCCGAUGGAAUCAACCCUCCGGACGGGCGCUCUCCCCAUGCCAUCUGAGCUUGGAUUUGUGUAGUGUUACAAAUGCUAUGAAACCUGAUGAUACCAGCACGUAGCUCCUCGUUGUGGCACAGCAAAUUCUGGGGAGAGCCUUGCAUCUCUGUGUGCACUGUCACCGUGCCGGGAUACAGGUGACACCCCAUCAGGGUGCCCUGCAAGAAGCCUCUGGGCACCUUGUCAGACCCCAGUGACAUGGCUUUGGCUUUAUCUCCCCCUCCCAGUAUCAUGCAAGUGAUUUAAUUCAACAGAGCACAACCUGCUGAGACGCUGGAUCCAUUUGCAGAAGGAACCAGCAUUAACUGAGGUCUCCAGAUGUGGUCCAAGGCCAGCCUUGGUUAGUGUCUGACGUCCCUGCUGCCCUUUGCUCAGGGCGUUAAGACUCGUGCAUCUGGAACGUGGUCGGUUUUCAAGAGGGCUGCUGGACAAGUACGUCGCAAUCUCCUUGGGCUUCCUGUGAUUGUUGUCUGGCUCUUUAUUAUAAAUUAUAUGGUCAUAAAUAAAUUGAUCUCUGCACUGGGGACGUAAUUGUGUUGUGUAACACUUCCUGUUUGCUGAGAUAAAUUUAGAACAGGUGAAGAAUGGGAAAGAGUUCAUCUGCUGCAGCUGGCCUGGGCUCUCUAUGUCUGUGUAUGUAACACAUCUACCAAGGGGUGACCUUUGAAGUUCAGAGUGGUGCUUCCCAUCUUGUGGUGAAAUUCUCGUUUUUUGUUUUCAUGGAAUACUUAGAGCAGUGACCCGGAGAUGCUCAGGUCCAUCCCUGUAGCCUCUGAGCUUUGUGUAAUGCUCUUGGCCAGUCGUUCGUGCAGGUUAAGCAACACAGCCAAGUCAACCUCCAGCAGUGCACUGCGCUCUCUAAACAUUGCAGAAGUGGGCUUAGAAAUGUACCUUACACUUUUUCCUGCACUCUUAGCCUUGCUGCAAGAGCGGCUUGCUUCGUGGGUCGUGCUCUGGGGCGUUCCCCAACUGCCUUCUCUCCCCUUCCACUGCUUUGCAGGCUCUCAUCUCAGCCUUCUCCUCAGCGGUUCUCCCUCUGAAGUCUAUUUCUGCCUUGCAGCUUUUGAGAUCAUCAUCUUAUCCUUGCCCCCCUCUCCUUCUUUCCCCUUUGUCUUUCUAUAAUUGCAUUUUAUGUUAGUUCUCUAAAUGAAUCAUUUGCUUGCCUAGCUAUGCUGUGACUUUGCUAAAGCAUCUCAUGCAGUUAAUAGGGAAGAGGCUGAACGAGGCUGAGCUUGUUGCUGUCACCUCACCACCUUGCUUUCGUGUUUCUCUUUCUGGUAGAGGACACUCGAGCUGCUGUGGGACAGAGGGUGAGGUGAAGUGGAAACUUCUAAGGGAGAUAGGUAGAGCAAAAGGAAAAGUAAGAAGGGCAAAAGAGAGAAGUAGAGGAAGUUACUGGAAUAAAGUCCCAAGUUUAUGUGGACAGUGAGGAAACUUUGCAUUUGAAAGAUGGAGUGGACAGGCAAGGAACAGCGGGCAACUGGAAAAUGUAAUGUUAACUUCCAGAAUCAGCACCAUGAGUCCACAUCUGUACAGAUAAUCGUCCUAUUGAAGAAAAUCAUCCUUUCGGGGAAGUUUAGCAAAUCGUAAUCCCACUAGCCCUUAAUCGCUGAAACCCUGAACUAGUUCCUGGCUAGAUUUAGAAAAAAAAAACAUAUGCAUUUGAUGGUCCUUGCCUAAUCUCUAAUAGAGCCGAUGACUCAAACCCCACCCCGGAGCCUGGCAGGGCGGGCAGCAGCCAGUACGUGCCCGGCAGAUGGGACUGGAGAGGAGCAGCUGCACGGCCCCUGCCCACACAUCCCUGGGUACCACUGCUGCUCAUUCCUCCUCAUGGGCAGUAUUACUGGGCUCAAAUGAAAAGUUCGAACUCCUUUCAUAGCGCCCUGUAGGUCUGAGAUGUGGCUUGUGCUCCAAACGGGAGCACAGCAGAAGGAACUGAAGCUGCUCAGGACCGAAGAUCGCCGGCAGCUGUUUUCCCCUCAUCCAGACCAACUCCCCUAUCGCUAUAUUCCCACUCAGCACCACGAGCAACCCCAGGAUCUGUUUGAAACUUUCACAGAUUCACCAAAAGAUUGCUCUCUGUUGGCUGGCUGCUGAGCGUGUUUUCUGGGCCCGGCAGAGCUGCGAUGCUCGCGGCAAAUCCCCGAGCUCAGCCCACUGCUUCCCUACAGCUGCGUCGGGUAAGUCGCUGGGACUGUCCUGGGGUUGCGAGUGCUUUGUUUUUGCCAUUAACGGAAGGUGGAGCUGGUGUUAGGAAAGCACAGAUGCCUCUGCAUGUCCAAGAGGCUGCUGCAGCGUAGGUUAUUAAUUCGUGCAGGGGAUCUACAGCAGAGCAGGGAACUGAAGCUGAAAUCCUGUACUGCCGCCUGCCUCUGGACUAUCCUGCCAGCUUGUGCAGAGAUGGUGUACCUGGCAGUAGGAGUUGGAUACAGGACCUUUAAGCGUUCAAAUUCUGAGCCCUUGUUCCUGAGUUGUAGCUGUUCUCGUUUAGCUGAAAGCGGUGGGUUGUGCUAAUUGCCUGAGACAUCCGUUGGAGGGAGUCGUGUCACAGGGCUGAGCCCAAGGUGUCGCGCACACGGGGUGGAGGGAUGGCAUCACCUGCUUCAGAGGCAUGCCUCAAAAUUGCCAUUUUUGUAAUUAAUGGUACAAGGAUGGCCCUUCUGCUUGGUCAUUUGGCAGUCCAGAAAACACCGUCUCUGUGUACAUGUAUGUACAGCUUUAUGUAGCUAUCUCUCUGUACGUAUGUGGUGUACUAGUGGAAGUCCCGACUCCACCCUUACCGAUGUGACUGGUGGAGGGUCGCUGAAGUUCAAAGCUGCUUUCUCAUGCAGAAGAAGCCAUCCCUGGCCUUGCAUUACAAACCAUGCUCCUUAAAGCUUCUAUAAGGUCAGGGCGUGUGCUGUGCUGCAAGGGCAGGUGGUGUCUUAUAUAACUGUUACACGCCUUUUCUUCUCAUGCCUUUGUUUAACUCUAUUCAGAAGAUUAGACUAAACUUUUCAGAAGGCAUUACAUCAAGUUAAACUUCGGGGUGGUUUUAUGUAAACCUUUGAUGUGUAGGUGUUCUUUUUCAGCAAGGCUUCCAAGAGAAAGUAUCAUCCAUUUCCCUAGUAAAAUUAACAUUUAGCGCACGCAGAAGGCAUGGGAAAUUAUAUAAGGCAGCAAGUACCACUGGGAAUACUGUGAAUAAUUUAAACGGGAGCCUCUAUGCAGUAAAUCUGUUUGUGCUGAUCAACCUUGUUCCACACCCAGCCUUCACGGGAGCCCACUGUUUACAUCCACGUGCAGCCGGGCACCCGGCACUUCCCUGCCCGAUGUUUCGGGGCGUUCGCUCUGGAGGGGGAUGCGGGGAGGACGGAGCCUUCGGGCAUCUCCCCCGGCCCCUGCGGCCGGCAGGGAGGGACGGCAGCGGGGUCCCCGCAGCCAUCGCCCAGCUGCUGGUGACGCACGAGCUGCAUGUGGGGUGAGGGAUAGAGGGGGACCUCCUGCCUGCGGCUGGCAGCGGUACAGGCAGGGGGUUGGCUUCGGAGCCUCUAUUUAUAAUCUCUGCCCUCCCCUCUGCUGUGAGUGGCUCAGCGCUUGCAGGAUGACUGCCUGAGACCUGCCAGGCACAUCGCUCGUAAUGAAAUCCUCUUUUUCAGCUACGGAAGUGGCUAUUGAGCAUGUGUGGUAGCUGCUGCACUGUUUUUCUGGAUGUUUCUCAGGCCCCUGCUGCUUUUACCUGCCCAGUUUUUGUACCCCCACCCUGAUCCUACACAUGGAGGCACCAAGAAUCCCGUUCUUGGUGGUGGGAGGAUGCAAACAGCACGGGCUGUGCCAGCAGAGGCAUCUGUGGAGACAGAAGGGAGAAAACCUCCGCAUUGCUUUCCAUAGAAGUAAAGCUGAGUCUGAGCCUCCUUCCGUGCUCAUUCCAGUUUAAAGGAAAAGAUUCACUGGCCAUAAAGGUGCCUCUACAUUUAGGCCCCUUGCAGGUUUUGGAGGGGUCGCUGUUAUUGCUGAGAGCAAAACUGGAAUUUCCUGGACUUUCAUGGGAGUUCAGAGCUGGGCUUUGGAAAAUUGCCCAAAUUAUUUUGGGACGGGAUGGUGACUACAAUAAAUGCACCACGUCUAUAAUUUGGUUGCUGUUCUGAUUGCCUAAUGCAAAUUUAGACCAGCCUGCUUAUCCUAAAAAUGCAUACAUGAUGGGAAAUGCAGGUGUGGAGCCUGGUGUUGCAGCAGAUCCAUCACCCGGGCACAGCCUGACAAGUGCUGACAUACGUGGUCAGGGGUGGGUUUAGAGCAGUUUUUUGUAAACAUGCAAGUGAAAAGUCAUCCCUCAGAGUCCUCAUGUAGGAGAGAGACUCUGUUUGAACAGAAGGAAGGCGCAGCAGAGCCCCUGUCAUCGCCUCCCUGGGCAAUCUCUCCUCUUUUGGGGGUAUAUAUAGAAAAAGCGUGCUCCUUUUGAGGGAGCCUUCCAGCAGAGGGGGAAAAUAAAAUGAGCCUUGCAGCAAGGAUCUGGGUUUAGCAUGGGUCUGAAUGGUAAGGUGGGGUAGGAGCAUAAUCUGACCUGUUCCUUCCUGAUGACAAAAGUAGCUGCCCUGGAAGGAUGCUGUGAUGGGAAAAACGCUGCCUCUCAGUAGGGUGAGGCAGCUCCCGGCCACGUCUGCUCAGGUGUCAAACACCAAAGUCCUCCCGAGCUCUUGUUACGGGAGAACAGAGCAAGGGCUCAUUUGGUGCAUUUUGGCUCCGUGUCUGUGUGUGAGUGCCCCGGGUCUGUUGUGUGGGGCAGCACUCCUGGAACACGCCCAUGAUCAGCCCCCGUGUGCACAUUUUAGUGUGUAAUGCAUAGGCAUUGGCAGCAUCGCUAUGUUUGUCUCUGCCUGUAAAAUCAUUUUUCCAGCUGAGCGCAUCUUUUUCUGUGUGUGUGUGCGAUGCCUCUCGAAGGUAACUGCUGGGUCUGGGACCUGAGAGCAAGGUUUGGGAUAGCGACUGGCAUCUGGACCAUAAAUGUUGAGUGUCUGCGUGAAUUUAAUGUUGGAAUCAGCAUUUCUGGUUGCUGUGGAAGGAAUAAAGAUCCCCACCCUGCUCUGCCUUCAUGCAGCUCUAUCUGUAGAGUCAGAAUUCAAUUUAUAAAGAAAAACAGUGCAGUGCUGAGCAGAGAGGCUAAGCGAUGUGCUUGUGACAGGCUGGUGUGCACAGCACUGCGCAGAGCUGAGAAGUGAUUUUCCCCCUACAAAAUUCCCCCAUUACAGGCUCACAGCGAAUUUCCACGUUGCGAGGGGCUGCCUUUUCGUUAGGUCGGCUGCUUUGCUUCCCCACUCUUCCUCCUGCUCCCAUAUCUGAUCUGAGCAGGCUCCGAGCAGCACGGGCUCUGUUUGCAGGUCUUUAAUAUUUCCCAUCCGAAGCUUAGCGCGGGCGGUGCAGACGGGGCAGAGGUGUCCCCACUGUACAGCGCCGGCGGGGAGCGGGAUCUGCGUCGCACAGAAAGCCUGGAGACGCCUCUCCUGGAGCUCAGCACCGGCACCCGACCGCCGCACCAGCUUCCCAGCCCCACGUACGGCUCUUUUUUUUUUCCGAACCGCCGCAAAAGCAGCCGGGCAGACAUGCCUGCAUGGCGCUCCCCGUCACGGCGGGCGGAAGAUGCGCGUAUUUAUGGAGCCAGCGCUUCCUUUUGCGUUUGACUGACAGCCAGGAUCCCUUCGCUGCCUGGUCACUGGAGCUGAUUUGUAUGCGCAAGGGUCCGCCUCGCACCGAGAGAUGCAGCCGCAGCAGCUUGCAGAGCUGUCACACUCACACAGGCUUCUUAUCUGCACUGGCUUGACGAAUUAAAAAGCAAGCCAGCCAGCAAGAGCGAGACCGGGAGAGAGAGGGGGGAAGAGAGAGAGAGAGAAGCUUGCAGACAGCGCUCGCUUUCUUUUCCUAAAGGAAGGAUUUUGCAUCUUUAGUGCUCACUGGUUGUGAUGAUGCUUCACUUAGCGGGCUCCAGAAUGAGCUAGAGACAGCAGAUAGGGGGAUAAACUCAAAGCAGACCACAAACCAUUCCGAGCAAAACCAAAACCAGGAACAGUUUUCUCCUUUAUUCUAGCAUGGUGGAUGUAUGGACAGUCUUACAGAGCAGAGGUUGACUUCUCCAAAUCUACCAGCCCCACAUCUCGAACACUACAGUGUUCUGCAUUGCACCAUGACCUUGGAUGUUCAAACGGUGGUCGUUUUUGCAGUGAUUGUGGUGCUAUUGCUUGUGAAUGUCAUACUCAUGUUCUUCCUGGGCACUCGUUAAAUGGAUUUUUUCUCCUGAGCUGUUGGGGGCUACUACUUCCACUAGCAAUUCAACAAGAGAGCAAGAGCGAGAGAGAGAGAGAGAAAGGAGAGAGAGAGAGAGAGAGAGAAAGAGAGAGAGAUUUCUUACUGAGGGGGGAAACGCGUUGAGCUUCAACAUGGCCUCGCUGUGAUAUGUAUGACGUUGCUGAUCAGUGGUGGUUCUACUGUACGUGCUGAGGCAGUAUGGGAUCACGUCACCAUGGCCAACCGGGAGUUGGCAUUUAAAGCAGGAGACGUUAUCAAGGUUCUUGAUGCUUCCAACAAGGACUGGUGGUGGGGUCAGAUUGAUGAUGAAGAAGGAUGGUUUCCCGCCAGUUUUGUAAGGCUCUGGGUGAAUCAAGAAGAUGGCGUGGAGGAGGGAACCAGCGAUGUGCAGAAUGGCCACUUGGAUCCAAACUCCGACUGCCUCUGUCUCGGCCGGACCGUCCAAAACCGAGACCAGAUGAGAGCCAACGUCAUCAACGAGAUCAUGAACACGGAGCGCCACUACAUCAAGCACCUCAAGGACAUCUGCGAGGGUUACUUGAAGCAAUGCCGGAAGAGACGGGAUAUGUUCAAUGAUGAACAGCUAAAGAUCAUCUUUGGUAACAUUGAAGAUAUCUAUAGAUUUCAGAUGGGUUUUGUCCGGGAUUUGGAGAAACAGUACAACAAAGAAGAUCCCCAUCUCAGUGAAAUUGGACCGUGUUUCCUUGAACACCAAGAUGGCUUCUGGAUCUACUCGGAGUACUGUAAUAACCAUUUGGAUGCAUGCAUGGAGCUUUCCAAGCUGAUGAAAGAUAGCAGGUACCAGAAUUUCUUUGAAGCGUGUCGUCUGUUGCAGCAGAUGAUUAAUAUUGCCAUCGAUGGUUUCCUUCUGACGCCAGUGCAGAAGAUUUGCAAAUACCCCCUGCAGCUUGCAGAGCUACUCAAGUAUACUGCACAGGAUCACAGUGACUACAGGUAUGUGGCUGCUGCUCUUGCCGUCAUGAGGAACAUGACUCUACAGAUCAACGAGCGGAAGCGGAGACUGGAGAACAUUGACAAGAUAGCUCAAUGGCAGGCCUCAGUUCUGGACUGGGAGGGAGAUGAUAUCUUGGACCGCAGCUCAGAGCUGAUCUACACAGGAGAGAUGUCCUGGAUUUACCAGCCUUAUGGACGGAACCAGCAGCGUGUUUUCUUUCUCUUUGAUCACCAGAUGGUUCUCUGCAAGAAGGACCUGAUACGAAGAGAUAUUCUGUAUUACAAAGGUCGCAUAGACAUGGAUAAAUAUGAAGUGGUGGAUAUAGAAGACGGACGAGAUGAUGACUUCAAUGUGAGCAUGAAGAAUGCCUUCAAACUUCAUAACAAGGAGACUGAGGAAAUGCACUUAUUCUUUGCCAAGAAACUGGAGGAGAAGUUGCGAUGGCUCAGAGCUUUCAGAGAAGAAAGGAAGAUGGUUAAAGAAGAUGAAAAGAUAGGCUUUGAAAUUUCUGAAAAUCAAAAGCGGCAAGCGGCAAUGACAGUAAAGAAAGUCAGUAAGCAAAAAGGAUCCAAGGAGAAGCACAAGACAGACAGAGCAGAGAGCUCGCGGAAUUGCUCAGAAGAGAAAGAUAGGAGGAGGACAUCCCAGAGAGGUGUGAGCUGCUCCAAGUCGGUUCCUCCAGCCUACCCACCACCCCAGGAUCCAUUAAAUCAGGGACAAUACAUGGUGACAGAUGGCAUAUCCCAGGCCCAGGUCUUCGAGUUCACCGAACCCAGACGCAGCCAGGCACCAUUCUGGCAAAACUUCAGCAGGUUAACACCAUUCAAAAAAUAAUACCUAGAAAGAUGGUGAAUUUUAACUUAAACCAAUUUAAAAUUAAAAAUAAAAUGAAGUAAAAUUAUA